GGCUGCCGCGGCCGUGGUGGUGGCCGCAGCCUCUCAGAGCAGGUGUCUGUGAAGGGAGGGCUUGCGGGUCGGAGAGGAGGCACCCUGGCCUGAGGUGAAGGCUGGGGUAGGCCCGGCCUAGGCGGCACUAUGGGAAUCCAGGGUUUCCAGGAGUUCGUGGAGAAGCGCUGCCCUGGUGCUGUGGUGCCCGUUGACCUCCUCAAGCUGGCUCGGUCGUUAGCGGGGCGGGGCGGGGCGGGACCCUCGGCCCCCUGGGUUGGCAGUAGGAGCUGGACCUUACCCUUCGCUGUCACCACCAACUUCCCAGUGUGCUUCAGGGUUGGCGUCAACAGCCGGGCUCUACCCAUCGACUUCCCAGCAUCCAAAGUGGGUGGCAUCAAUGGCUGGGCCUUACCUGCCAUUGCCAACUUCCCAGCAUGCCUCAGCACUUGGACCCUACCCAUCAAGUUCCUAGCAUGCCUCAGGGCUGGUGUCAGUGGCUGGGGCCUAUCCACUGACUUCCCAGCAUGCCUCAGGGUUGGCAGCAGCCUCUGGGGCAUACCCACCACCUUGCCAACAUGCCUCAGGAUUGGUGAUAGUGGCAGCUGGGGCUUAUCCACAGGCUUCCCACAUGCCUCAGGGUUGGCAGCAGCCUCUGGGGCAUACCCACCACCUUGCCAACAUGCCUCAGGAUUGGUGAUAGUGGCAGCUGGGGCUUAUCCACAGGCUUCCCAGCAUGCCUCAGGGUUGGCAGCAGCCUCUGGGGCAUACCCACCACCUUGCCAACAUGCCUCAGGAUUGGUGAUAGUGGCAGCUGGGGCUUAUCCACAGGCUUCCCAGCAUGCCUCAGGGUUGGCAGCAGCCUCUGGGGCAUACCCACCACCUUGCCAACAUGCCUCAGGAUUGGUGAUAGUGGCAGCUGGGGCUUAUCCACAGGCUUCCCAGCAUGCCUCAGGGUUGGCAGCAGCCUCUGGGGCAUACCCACCACCUUGCCAACAUGCCUCAGGAUUGGUGAUAGUGGCAGCUGGGGCUUAUCCACAGGCUUCCCAGCAUGCCUCAGGGUUGGCAGCAGCCUCUGGGGCAUACCCACCACCUUGCCAACAUGCCUCAGGAUUGGUGAUAGUGGCAGCUGGGGCUUAUCCACAGGCUUCCCAGCAUGCCUCAGGGUUGGCAGCAGCCUCUGGGGCAUACCCACCACCUUGCCAACAUGCCUCAGGAUUGGUGAUAGUGGCAGCUGGGGCUUAUCCACAGGCUUCCCAGCAUGCCUCAGGGUUGGCAGCAGCCUCUGGGGCAUACCCACCACCUUGCCAACAUGCCUCAGGAUUGGUGAUAGUGGCAGCUGGGGCUUAUCCACAGGCUUCCCAGCAUGCCUCAGGGUUGGCAGCAGCCUCUGGGGCAUACCCACCACCUUGCCAACAUGCCUCAGGAUUGGUGAUAGUGGCAGCUGGGGCUUAUCCACAGGCUUCCCAGCAUGCCUCAGGGUUGGCAGCAGCCUCUGGGGCAUACCCACCACCUUGCCAACAUGCCUCAGGAUUGGUGAUAGUGGCAGCUGGGGCUUAUCCACAGGCUUCCCAGCAUGCCUCAGGGUUGGCAGCAGCCUCUGGGGCAUACCCACCACCUUGCCAACAUGCCUCAGGAUUGGUGAUAGUGGCAGCUGGGGCUUAUCCACAGGCUUCCCAGCAUGCCUCAGGGUUGGCAGCAGCCUCUGGGGCAUACCCACCACCUUGCCAACAUGCCUCAGGAUUGGUGAUAGUGGCAGCUGGGGCUUAUCCACAGGCUUCCCAGCAUGCCUCAGGGUUGGCAGCAGCCUCUGGGGCAUACCCACCACCUUGCCAACAUGCCUCAGGAUUGGUGAUAGUGGCAGCUGGGGCUUAUCCACAGGCUUCCCAGCAUGCCUCAGGGUUGGCAGCAGCCUCUGGGGCAUACCCACCACCUUGCCAACAUGCCUCAGGAUUGGUGAUAGUGGCAGCUGGGGCUUAUCCACAGGCUUCCCAGCAUGCCUCAGGGUUGGCAGCAGCCUCUGGGGCAUACCCACCACCUUGCCAACAUGCCUCAGGAUUGGUGAUAGUGGCAGCUGGGGCUUAUCCACAGGCUUCCCAGCAUGCCUCAGGGUUGGCAGCAGCCUCUGGGGCAUACCCACCACCUUGCCAACAUGCCUCAGGAUUGGUGAUAGUGGCAGCUGGGGCUUAUCCACAGGCUUCCCAGCAUGCCUCAGGGUUGGCAGCAGCCUCUGGGGCAUACCCACCACCUUGCCAACAUGCCUCAGGAUUGGUGAUAGUGGCAGCUGGGGCUUAUCCACAGGCUUCCCAGCAUGCCUCAGGGUUGGCAGCAGCCUCUGGGGCAUACCCACCACCUUGCCAACAUGCCUCAGGAUUGGUGAUAGUGGCAGCUGGGGCCUAUCCACUGACUUCCCAGCAUGCCUCAGGGUUGGCAGCAGCAAGUGGGGCCUACCCACUGCCUGCCUCACAUGCCCUAGGCUUAGCAUCGACUCCCACCCGGCUACUGGUGGAUGCGGACUCAGGGCUACAGCAGCUGUAUGGCGGCUACCAGACGGACUGGAUGUGCGGGGGCCAAUGGAAUGCCAUGGUGAGCUACUUGGCGGCCUUGGCCCAGGCCUGUGCAUGCCAGGGCGGCCUGGAGCUGGUGGUGAUUUUCAAUGGAGGGUUGGGCAAGGAGUGCCUGCCUGAGUGGGGGCGGCAGGCCAAGGCUGAGCGCCAGACUGCACAGCUCAUCUCCAGCCAUGUGGCCCACAAGGGCACCCCCCCACCCCAUGCCUGGUUCCUCCCGCCUGCCUGCCUGGGCCACUGUGUCCGCCUGGCCAUGAUCCACUUCCGGGUCAAGGUCUUCCAGAGCUUGGAGGACCAUCACCAAAAGGUGGUUGCCUUCUUUCGGGAGAGUGGCUGCCAUGGGCUAAUUGCCCAUGAUGCUGAGUAUGCCCUGUGCAACAUCCCAGCCUACUACAGCUCCCAUGCCCUCAAACUUAGCUGGAAUGGCAAGAGCCUCACCACCAACCAGUUCCUCAUGCAAGAGGUUGCCAAGAAGCUGGGCCUCAAGGCCUCCAGCUUCCCUGUCUUCGCUGCGCUGCUGGGUAACCACAUCCUCCCUGAUGAGGACGUGGCUGCCUUUCACUGGAGCCUGCUGGGCCCGGACCACCCACUGGCAUCACUCAAGGUCCAUGCCCACCAGCUGGUACUGCCCCCCUGUGAUGUGGUAAUCAAGGCCAUCUCGGAGUACGUGGCCUCCCUGCCAGACCCUGCUAACCUGGACAGCAUUGGCCAGGACAUCUUCAAGCACUCCCAGUCCAGGACAGAGGACAAGAUGACACGGUUGAAGAAGGCAGUAGAAUACUACUCAGUGUGGGGCUGGGCGCCGCCCCUACCCCCUGUGCCCUCCUCCUGCCUGUGUGAGUAUGCAGGGUACCCCUGCUGGAAGCCUCCAGCCCCCCACUGCUGCCUCUUUCUGGGAGAUUCCCCCAACAGCACCUCUGUCCGUGGCACCUACUGGUGGACCCCCCAACCCUCUACCAACCCCUUUGCCGCAUGGUGUCUUCUGCUGGAAGCCCCAACUCCCCAGCCAGUGCCCCCUUCUGGAAACUGGUCCCCAGCCAGCUCCCUUGCCCCAUGGUGCCCCUGCUGGACCCCCACCAGUCCCCCUACCCGUGGCCUUGCCCUGUGGCAUAUCCUGCUAGAUCCCCCUACCCCUUGCUGUACCCCCCCAACCCCCACAUCAAGUGUCCUCUUGCUAGGAGCUCCCCCAUGCCAGCUCCCCAGUCCUGUGGUGCCCCAUGCUGCCCCCCCAGCCAGCUCCCCUGUCCCAUGGUGCCCCCUUUUGGAAGUCCCCAGCUUCCCUAUCAAUGGCUCUUCCCCUACAGCACUCCCUGCUGGUCCCCUCUUGUGGCAGCACCCUCUGUUGGAAGCCCCCACCAUCCUCCACUCAGCCAGAGCCCCCUCCAAUGUCCGCUGCUGGAAGCCCCCUCCAACCUCCUUCAGCACCCUCCUGAUGGGGGCACUCAGAGCUCUAGAUGCCUGGGUUCUCUGGGAGGGGAGUGGGGCUGGGGUGAGAGCUGGGAGCCUGGACACCUGGGUUCCCUCCCCGUUUGUGUGCAUCUCUUCUACCCCCCAGUUUGGGAAGCUACAGUACCAGGCCCCAUCCCCUACCUCCAGUUCCGCCCCCGACUCUGGCUCCACCUUCCCUUCACCCUCUCCCACACUGGGUGAGGACCCCAUUCUCAGUGGCUGGGCACUGACCUUCCACCCCAAGUGCCCCACCCCUGGCCUGGGUGCCAAAGCAUCAACCUCCUCUUCCUCUGACGGCGUUGAUGACCAUGGUGGGGCCAGCACCAACCACAUGCCAGGGGUGGGGCAGCAGGGUGGGGUUUGGGGGCCAGUGGGGGGCGAGGCUGAGCCCCCCAUCCCCUUGCUGCUGUCCAUGGCCACACGGCUCCACCUGGACCUGACAGCCCCUCCACUCCCCCCUGUGGUGCCUGAGGUCUUGCGCGUGGCCCAGCACCGACACCGGCAUGGCCUCAUGUACCCUGGCAUCUACCACCUGCUUACCAAGGGCGAGAUCAAGCUGCCUGUGUGUAUUGAGGACGAGGGUACUAUGGAGCUGCUGCCGGCUGCUGUACUCUUCCGUGCUGCCCGCCGGCACAUCUAUGGUGUCCUCUUCAGCGUGGCUGAGAGCCAGCGGAGCCCCCAGCGUCCUGGCCUGCACUGUCACGGCCCAUGUGAAGCACCACCUGUCAUUGUAAAGGAGUGGGCAGCCUACAAAGGCAAGGCCCCUCACAGUCCUGAGCUGGUGCCGGCACUGCCCGUCUGUGAGUGGACCUGCCCUAACCUGAAGCAACUGUGGCUGGGGAAGGCGGCUGAGGACCGAAGUUGACGCAUGCGUGCCUUUCUGGCCUGUCUGAGGGCUGACACACCUGCCAUGCUCAACCCUGCAUGUGUGCCCACCCACCUGCUGCUGCUCUGCUGUGUUCUCCGGUACAUGGUGCAGUGGCCAGGGGAGCGGAUCCUGCACCGGCAGGACCUGGAUGCUUUCCUAGCCCAGGCUGUGUCCCCUCAGCUCUGCGAGCCAGGUCAGCUCCAGGAACUCAAGUUAGGUCAGGUGGACGCGCGGGGGGUGCAGCUAGCAGCACUGGCCAUGAGCGGUGUGGACAUGGCACUGAUGGCCAACGACGCAUGUGGACAGCCACUGCCCUGGGAGCACUGCACCCCCUGGGGCUACUUCGAUGGGAAGCUCUUCCAGAGCAAGCUGCAACACACCACACGAUACCAUGCCUCCCUGCUGGAGCUCUGUGACAGACAGCCUGAGCAGGUGGCCAAGGUAGAGAAGAUGCGGCAGAGCAUUCUGGAUGGCAUUACCCAGGGGCACCAGGCUGCGCCCCUGCUGCUGCUAGCUCCGCCCUUUGCCACACCCAUGGCCCCACCCUUCUACUCCACUGGCCCACCCACCCCUGUCUGCACUGGCAGCUUUGCAGGUCUGCAUCCCAUCCCGCCCCAGGGGGGCAAGCUGGAGAUCGCUGGCAUGGUGGUGGGGCAGUGGUCCGGGAGUAAGCCUUCACGGGGCCAUGGUUCCUGCGGCAUGCAGGUGGUGUCUGUCGGGGGAUCAGGCAAGGUUCCUUCUGAUGUUUUUCUGAUGAUGGAUCUUUCUGACAGUUCCAACUGGCUCCUCCACUGAUUCCUCCAAUUGUUCUUCUGAUGGUUCUUCAGAUAUUUCUGCUCAGCAGCUGGGUGGAUUCUCCAUCCCCCGGGUAUCCUUUGGCCAAGAGGUGGCUCUUCCCUGCUGCUGCCUUCUGAGUCCAUGACAAAGGAACUGGUGUCUCUGACAAAGUGAAUCUAGCUAAACCCUGCCUCCCCCUCCCUUCCUCUGCUGGCAAGGUGUUCUUUUGACCCCCUUGGCUUGUCUUCUUGGGGGAUCAUGACCUGGAGCCAAUUCCAGCACUCAGCUGCUGGCAAUAUCCCAGCAUUUGCUUCUGGCUGGGACCCAGGCAUCCUGUGCUUCCCCACCACACUGGGAAAGAAUCCUGCCCAUGCAGGGAUUCCUUGUCCUGGGGUUUAGGAGGUGGGGGGCGGAAGGGGAUGAAUAGUAGCUGGUCAGGGGGAUCUCUGCUGUCAGAGGAUGGAGAUGGGGCUGUCAGCUGGGGUUCAGGAAGCUGGGGGUGUUAUUUGUGUCCGAGACUGAUCUCACUGGGAGUGAGGUGGGCUGUUUUGGGGGAUUUGACGUUAGAAGUUUAAAACUUGGGGCGUGAAAUGUGUCCAUAUCCUGCCUCAGGUGGUCAAUAGAUCCAUCCAUCCUCAGCUGCCCCCUCUGUCUGUCUACCCUCAUGGAUGUCCUUUAUCCAGCUAGACAGACAGAUGUCCCCAUGCACCUCAUCCAUUCAUCCAGCUAACUGUCCAUCCUCACACACACCCUUUGGUCUGUCUAGCUACCCACACUCUAAUGUAUCUGUCCAUCCAUUUGUCCACCUAUGCUCUUUAUCCAGUUGUGUAUCUAUCCCCAAACCAUCUGUCUAUCACAACACACCCUUUAUCUAUUCAUCUGCCUAGCUAUUCCCAGACCAUUCAUCCCCAUACACCAUGUAUCCUACACACCCUCUAUAUAUCCAUCUGUCUAGCUAUCUCCACACCAUCUCUCCAUCCCCACACCAUCUGUCCCCACACACCCUUUAUCAAUCUACCCAUCCAUCCCCACACACCCUAUUGACCACCCCUACACACUCUUUAUGCAGCUGCCUUAUCUCUACCCAUACAUAUCAUCCAUCUACCUGUCCUCACACACUACUUUGUCUGUCUGUCUAGCUAGCUGUGUACACAUCAUCCAGCAGUUCCCACACACUCGCUGUCUAUCCAUCCCUGCACACCCUUUAUCUAUCUGCCCAGCUAUACCCACACACCUCAUCCAUCCAUGCAUUCUACACCCUUUAUCUUUCCAUCUGUUUUUAGCUAUCCCCACACCGUUCAUCCACCCACCCGUGCCCAGGCCCAUUCUCCCCCCUCCUCUUCCUGGCAUCUACUCCUUGCCUGUUGCCCAGACCUCUUCCUUCAGACGCCAUUUUUCUGCUACCCAGAUACAGCUCCCCCCUUGACACCCCUAUGCUUAGCCCCCCCCUCCCCCCAGCAUGUCUAGCACUGGCUUUUAGGCUGGGUUUUUGUUUGUUUUUUCCCCCAAAAGCCCUGUUUGCACACCAAAGCCUCUCUCUCACUCCCUGGGAAAGUCUGACCCUAGGCACCACAAUCUGCGUGUGAGGCUCGAGGAGAAUCCACACUGUGCCCCCAGAAGAGCUGGAUGGACCAGUCAGAAUAAAAGUUUAUUCUUUUAGCUGUCA